UUACUUCAUGAGUUCAAACUUGGUCGAACGGCAACGGAGGCAACCAUAAAUGUGAACAGGGCCUGGGUAGAAGACACUGCAUCGGAAAGAACGGCUCCUCGCUGGUUUCAAAAGAUAGAAAUGAAGACGAUUCGCUGGAAGGCAAAGAGCGAACUGGCCGACCAUCGCUGGUUGAAAGCACUUGAAAAAGAUGGUCGUCAACCUCUGAGGGAGAUCGUCAAGAAUGUCGAAGGAAACGCUAUUGAUCCCUUUCUUCAUCGGAUCGUAACUUGUGAUGAAAAAUGGAUACUAUAUGAUAACAAAAAACGUUCUGCUCAGUGGGUAUUCAAGAUGAACCUCCGAAAACUUUUCCAAACCAAUGUUCACACGUCAGGAAGACAACGAUCACAGUUU